AUGGCUGGUGACUUCAACUGUGUGUCGACGACUUGGGAUGACUACGAGCAUGGCGAGUCGUCGACGGCAAUAUCACUGCGGGAUUCCGCAUCUCAGAUCGGCCUCGAGUGGGCACGACCUUCCAACCAUGGACCGACGAGGAUCAGUCCUAAUCCAAACCAGAGAUCCAACGUGUUGGAUCUUGUAUUCUUAGCUCCAUCUGAGAUCUUAAUCUCGAUGCCCAGAUUGGAGCACGAUCUCCAGGGGUCUCCCGAACCGCCCGGAUCUGGGCGACAGACAAUUAAACCCGGAAGUGAGGCUGAGAAGUCUUUCAUUUCGGAUAUUCUCCGGGAUCUUGCAGCUAUUCCUACACCUGGCUUGCCCAUUCACUCGACCGAGUCCAAACCUACCAAGCGCUCCAAGUCCUGGUGGACGGACGAGUGCUCGGAGACAUUUGGAGUAUAUCAGCUGAGCCAUUCGCUCGCUGACUACAACAAGUUUAAGAAGGCGUGCAAAGACGCCAAGCGGGAUUUCUUUGAUGAACGCAUCGCAGAAAUCACUACCUCUCGCAAGCGCCCAUGGGACCUAAUGGAAUGGGUCAAACAGCGCAAGCUACCACCCUGUGAGGCUAUUUGCAAUGGCGACCAGCCUUGCCACGAUAUGGACGACCUCUGGGACGCCCUACACGGCACGUACAACUCGGCCUCUGGUCGUGAGUACGAUGCCUCAGUCUUAGACAAGCUUCCUGAUGAGCCAGUCCGCGAGUGGGCUGACUUCUCAGAGCAUGAGUUGUUGAGUGCCCUUAAGGGGUGCUCCAACUCCUCUGCACCAGGACCGGACCAUAUCACAUGGGAGUCGCUAUCGGUUAUCGUUCCGAAGCCAAACAAGCCCUCCUAUUCUGUACCGAAGGCCUUUAGGCCGAUCGUACUCCUCAUCACUUUUGGUAAACUUAUCAAAAAGAUGAUUGCAAAUAGGAUACAGUUUGAUGCUGUCAAGCAUGAUAUCUUCCAUCCCAACCAACUUGGCGGUAUUCGCCAGAGGUCUACUGAGGAUGCUGGAUUGAUUCUGACCCAUCUCGUGCGAGCGGGGUGGGUUAAGGGUCUCCAGACUAGCGCGCUGGCUUUUGACAUUGCGCAGUUCUUCCCUUCUAUCAACCAUGAGAUGUUCAUGGCUGUCCUACGCAAGCAAGGAUUCUCGCCAAUCUUGGUGGAGUUCUUUGCUUCUUACCUUGUUGGACGUUCCACAGUUUACUGUUGGAACACCUUCCAAUCCGACUCACGUUCUGCGGACGUGGGUGUCAGGCAGGGCUCAGCUCUCUCGCCUGUUAUCUCUGGGCUGUUCAUUGCUCCGGUAAUGAAGCUCUUCUAUAUCAAGGCGGCGCCACUUAACAUGACGCUGCUUUCCUUUGUGGAUGAUGGGACCAUUCUGGCCCAGUCCAAACAACUCGAUGAUAAUAAUGUGGGCCUGCGUAAGGCCUACAAGAUUAUCUACCUUCUCUUUGUUGCCUUUGCGCUUGUUCUUGAACACGAUAAGACCGAGUUGUUUCACUUUUCGCAUCGACGAGAUGCCUACAAUCCCUCGCUGGAUCUGGGGUACGCCCCUCAUACCGGCGCCACACCUGUGAAGCCCAAGACCUAUUGGAGGUACUUGGGCUUCUACUUUGACCGCGGGCUCACGUUUCAUGAGCACGUUCGCUAUUACGCCACCAAGGCGUUUACCACCGUGCAGGCCAUGCGCAUGCUCGGAAACUCUACUAGAGGUCUCUCGCCUAAACAGCGCCGCCUAUUAUAUCGGUCGUGUGUAGUUCCCAUUGCCACAUACAGCUAUCGUCUCUGGUAUUUUGAUGGCGCCCGCAAUAAGGGCGCAAUGAACCAGUUGAAACAGAUGCAGCGAAAAGCUGCUCUAUGGAUCACAGGUGCUUUCCACACCUCUCCUACUGGCGGUCUUGAGGCCCUCGCUGGCCUCAUCCCCGUCCAUCUCAUGCUGAAGAAGCUGGCGACGCGUGCAGUGUAUCGCGUCGCUACCCUCUCAGACACUCACCCUCUUCGCUCUAUGAUGGGCGAGGGACUCUCAAGCGAGCCGCACCACAUGCUUGUUCUGCCGCCUUGA